CGCCCGAGAAUAUUAAAGCAGCCACUGCCCUUUCCUGGCAUUUGGACCAGUCUCCACUGUCUGUCUUUGCAUUUUUACUUCCUUCCGUUUGCUUCUUAAUCACGCUCCUUUCCUACGGAUCAUCACCGUGGUCGUUGACUUUACGGUUCUUCAUCGACCGCAUGGCCAUACAAAUAUCAUUUGAGGCAGUACUUCUCAGUACUAGUAUGGAAUAUUUUAUCACAGAGUCAAUAUUUUCCGCCCAAAAUACUGAUAUUCUUGCACCAUUGAAUGGGUUCCAUUUUUCAGUCGUCCGUGAAGACCACUCUCCCGGUCCCCACGAUGCUGCUUUCGAGUAGCGUUUCUUCACUUGCUACGACCUCAGCAAUCCCAACGCCCCAAAGUUCGACACGCUCGCCUACGACGUCAGCUCCGAGUCCCACUGGAUACGGUACCACUGCUUCAUCGUCGCUGACCCCUGUUUUGGCAUCAUAUACCACGUCUCUGAAAAACAAUGCGUCUUCGUCUCCCUCGUCCUCCCAUACUCCAACAACCACGUCGUCUUUGGCGAGCAGCAAUAGAGCCGUUAUUAUAGGCUGCUCCGUCGGAGCCGCAGCUCUCCUUUGUUUCAUCAUGGCUAUUUCUCUUCUCCUCUAUCUACGUUCGCGUCAACGAAAUUCUGAUGCCCAUUGCCGCCCGUACCCUUUCGAACAUCUGCAACCCACAGAUCCCCCGGUGAACCGGAACGACAAGGCUGGGAUCUGGAAAGGUCAUGUACACAAUCACGCUCUGAGCGAGAGUGAUGUCAGUGUGACUAUGGUGGGCACCGGGGGUCCCGGGUCCAUUUCCGACAAUGUUGAUUUGCCGAGUGGGCAGAGGACACCGGCUGCCACUUCCACUGCUCCCACGGUUGACGUACUACCAGAAGAACGUUCUGCAAUUGCGAGAUGUCAACGGUCGAGAGAACUCGAGAAGCUUUACCCUUCGCAACACUCGCGAGCAACGCGAACACAAACAAGGGACCAGGAGGGGCAUGAAAAUCGCGGAAGGGGAGCAGAUGACGCAGGAGUCGAUGAUUACGAACCUCAUCCCAAGCCUCGUCGUGAGCACAGGGCAAAAUCUGAAUAUUCAAUGUCAUCCUAUCCCUAGCCGCUUUAUCACGCUGUACUUGCCAAGAGGAUGGACCUUGGACUAGGGGG